GGCUCGGCGCCGUGCAGGUAGCGGCUUUAACCUUUAACUCGGUGCUGUUUCCUUUGCAGCCGGACUCGGUUUUAAUGCGAUGAAAUGGCAGGAAUGAUGGAAGGAUGUGGUGACACGGGAGGCAUGAACAGCGUUCAGGGACAAGAAGAGGACAGAGUCUCUGUGAAGAGCAACGGGAAGACGCCGAAACUGGGGACGCUGAAGAGGAGUUUUCGAAAGAGCAUAAAGCGCAUGGGAGGGAAGAGUCCCCUCUCCUCCAACAGCAAGGGGUCAAAGGCCAGGCGCAAGUCAGACACCGGGGCGCCCAACCACGACUCGGGACAUCAGCAUGCACCUCCAUCACCCAGUUUGAGCGCUGGCUCUCUGAUGGUGUCUCCUCUGAAGAACAUCAACAGCCUUUUCCAGAAAAAAGAGGAGGACGGGACCAAGGGCUCACCAUCUGCCAACAAGAAAUCACAGACACACUCUAGGACACUAUCAGAACCCACUGCGGCCUUUGCUGACACUUUGUUUAAGCGCGGGGCCUCCAUUCGCCGCAGCCUCGGAUUCAACAAUAAGAAAGACAAGGAGAAGACGGCCAAGCCGGAGCCGCUCAGCACAGCGUCUGAAGCCCCUGUGGAGAUGAAGAGGGAGGAGGAAACGGUGUGGGAGGAGAUCGAAGAGUCAUACACGCUUCCAGAAAUACCCGACACGCCACUAUCAGUGAUGCAGAUCAACAAGCUGAUCGAGAUGGAGGUGCUGGAGGAGGCGCACCUGAACCUCCUCUCCCUGCGGCAGGAGUUCCAGCGGGAGCAGGAGCAGUGUGGCCAAGACCCCUCGCCCCCGGAUCUGGCCAAGCAAGAGAAGGACCUCAACCUCCUCUACAGAGAGCUGAUGGGCAAAGUGAAGACCAUAGUGCGCAACUCCAACUCCCUUCCCUCCAGAAACAAGGCUCUGCUGGUCCCCGUGGCCCGCAUCAUCCAGGAGGAGGAGAAGAGGGAGGGAGACCCCGGCGGCUUGCUGGGGCCCGGCGGCUGGAGGGAGGCUUGGAGGGAGGCGGUGGCCGAGGGGGUGCAGGACAAGCUUGCGAGCGUUCACCUGAACGGGAAGGAGCAGACCCCCUCCUGGCUGACGGUGCACCUGGGGCUCCUGGGGAAGGCCAUCGUGGAGGACCUGGAGGGCGUGAAGCGGGAGCUGCGCUGGUCGUACCCGCCCAGCUUCAACGUCUUCAGCACCUACGUGAGGAGCUACCACCAGGCGGUCGGGCAGCACCUGAAGAAGCUGCAGCAGCAGGCGAUGGAGCUGAGGCAUCUGUACGCCCUGCUGGACUGGAUCAACAACUCCUACCAAAGCGAGAGGAUCAUGGGAAGUCCCUCCUUGCGUCCGGAGAUGGAGUCUGAGAGCGCCGCGCCCUCCCUGGAGGACGGCUUCCUGGAUCAGCUCAAAGACAAGUACUUACAGCGAGUUCAGGAGGACGUGAGGGCUUCGCUGGAAAGAAUCGUGCAACUUGAAGACGAAGGAUUUUGGAGUCAGAAAAAAUCACCAAAGAAGGAUGAGGACGAUCCACCAAAGAAGGACGAGGACGAGCGCUUCCUGGUCUCGGAGAUUCACAUGGACAUCUGGACGAUAGUCAAAAGUAAUGCUACGCACUCCAGAAAAAUUGAUGCUCAUCUGGAAGAGAGAGUCAUCCGUUCCUGCCUGGAAGAGUUGAAGCAGUUCCCCAUGAGGUUCAAGUUGGAGUUCGAGAGUCGCUGCAGCGCUGCAGAGGUUCGUCCGCCGCUCUUGACUGAAUAUCAGAUCACCUACAUCAACACCUUCACGGCUUUAAAGGAGCACAUGAUACAGGACUACAGAGACACCUGUCCGGCUCAGGUGGACCAGUUCAGCAACCAGGUGGACCUGCUGCUGGGCAGCCUGAGACAGAAACUGGGGGAGCAGUACAAAAACAACAUCAAGCCAUACCUGCGGAGGAUGAUGACGAGGAAGUGGCUCACCAACGACGAGGACUUCCGGCAGCUGUACAGUCACACGGAGACGCUUUCCCAGCACUUGGCUCUCCUGAGGCCUCCGUGUGUGCAGGAGUUCGUGAACGAGUUGCACUUACACGUGGUGAAGGAAUACGUCGCCCAGCUGAUGAAAAACAACUACUCAUGCAAGAACCGGAAGCACGAGAAAGCGGCGGAAAAGAUCCGUGUGCAGCUGUCUCGCCUCGGGGACUUAUUUGAAAACAUGAACUCGACCCAUGAGUGGCUCCAUCCUGUCGGAGACGACCUGAGCGACAUCAUCGGACAGAAGAACAAGCGAGACAUAAAGAAUCACCUGCGACCGCUGGCGGAGCAUUUCCCCGAUAUCAGUAAGAAGCACCUGGGCGCCGUGCUGUACUUCAGAGGCCUGCUGAGGGGCCGCGAGCGCCAGCUGAUCUUGCAGCGACUCACCCAGCUGAAGAGGGAGCUGGGCACCAGAGCCGACCAGAGCAGAGCUUUAUUUGGCAACAUGGAGGUCGCUGUCAACACCGACUGCCUGGCCGAUCUGCCCUUCUCCUGCCUCAGCUUCCUGCGUCCCGACAACUGACCCGACACAGGGCGGGGGGAGGUCGGGGGUCCUGAGGGUUAGAGAGGUGGAGCUCUGACAAAAAAGGUUAUCAGAUACAGUUUUUCCUCACUUGAUUUGAGACAUUCAUCCAAAUUAAAGAGAAAUGUCACCCGUCUCACAAAUUCCAACAUCUCCUUCCUGUGGCUCAGGUCAGCACAGUGCAGAGUUUGGAGAGAAAAACACUUUGAAUUUGUGAAUUUGUGUCGCUGCGGUUUAAAAUCUGGCAAACUGGUUUUGUUGACUUGUAAGAUUUUUCUGAAUUUAGACACCCAAACGAGGUUUUUAACUCUGGUCUGUGUGGUUGCAAUGCUAGAAUAUAAACUUCACAAACCUUCGCUGCUCCGUCCUGGGACACAGAAUUCACUGGAUCCUUAAAAAGGGUGGCGCUCUCCUUUAAGGUCGACCAUCUCAAAACACAGCCAUCGAAACGCUUGAUAAGUCUGCAACGCCAGCUCCACCUUCUCAUUUUUUUCCUGCAAAAAAGUUAACCUGCUGUAUAAUAUCUAAUUUUUCCAAACACUCCACACAAAACUUUACACUUUCUAAAUGUUUACUCUGUUAACUAAAUGAAUUUUGCACAAUUAUUGAUGAAGCGCUUUGUUACUGUUUUCUCACAAAUCACAAAGUAUUUCUAUGCGUAUAUUCUAUAUGAUCUGGCCUGACAUAAAUAUAAGGAUUGAUAAGGAAAAUAUAAUGU